CCCACGUGACCAGAGUCCCCAUCCAAUAUGGCGUCCCCCAGGAUAUGCGGGCUGCUCUUCCUGCCCUCGCUGCUCGGCUUGCUAGGAGUGGCGUGGUGCAGCCUGGGCUCGGGGGUUUCCCGCGACGAUGACCUGCUGCUGCCUUACCCACUCGCGCGCACGCGUCCCUCGCGGGACUGCGCCCGGGUGCGCGCCGGCAGCCGCGAGCAAGAGAGCUGGCCUCCGCCGCCCGCGACCCCUGGCGCCAGCCACCGCGCGGCCGUGCGCACCUUUGUGUCGCACUUCGGGGGCCGCGCGGUGGCCGGCCACCUGACACGGGUCGCCGCGCCUCUGCGCACUUUCUCGGUGCUGGAGCCCGGGGGACCUGGAGGCUGCGCGCAGAAGCGCCGUGCCACCGUGGAAGACACAGCCGUCCCGGCAGGUUGCCUCAUCGCCCAGAACGGUGGCUUCUUCCGCAUGGGCACCGGCGAGUGCUUGGGGAACGUGGUGAGCGACGGGCGGCUGGUGAGCAGUUCCGGGGGGCUGCAGAACGCUCAGUUCGGGAUCCGCCGCGACGGGACCUUGGUCACCGGGUACCUGUCUGAGGAGGAGGUUCUGGACACUGUGAAUCCGUUUGUGCAGCUGCUGAGUGGAGUUGUGUGGCUCAUCCGCAAUGGAAGCGUCUACAUCAAUGAGAGCCAAGCCACCGAGUGCGAUGAGACACAGGAAACAGGUUCUUUCAGCAAAUUUGUGAAUGUGAUAUCAGCCAGGACAGCCGUGGGUCAUGACCGUAAGGGGCAACUCGUACUCUUCCAUGCAGAUGGACAGACGGAGCAGCGUGGCAUCAACCUGUGGGAGAUGGCAGAGUUCCUGCUGAGACAAGAUGUGGUCAAUGCCAUCAAUCUGGACGGAGGUGGUUCCGCCACCUUUGUGCGCAACGGGACCCUGGCCAAUUACCCCUCGGAUCACUGCCAGGACAACAUGUGGCGCUGUCCCCGCCGUGUGUCCACCGUGGUGUGUGUGCAUGAACCCCGCUGCCAGCCACCCAACUGCAGUGGCCACGGGACCUGUGUGGAUGGUCACUGCGAAUGCACCAGCCGCUUCUGGCGGGGUGCCGCCUGCAGCGAGCUAGACUGUGGCCCCUCCAACUGCAGCCAGCAUGGGCUGUGCACAGAGACUGGCUGCCGCUGCGACGCUGGAUGGACAGGGUCUAACUGCAGUGAAGAGUGUCCCCUGGGCUGGUACGGGCCAGGUUGCCAGAGGCCUUGCCAGUGUGAGCAUCAGUGUCCCUGCGACCCCCAGACUGGCAACUGCAGCAUCUCCCAAGUGAAGCAGUGUCUCCGGCCAACUGAGGCCACACCAAGGGCAGGAGAGCUGGCCUUUUUCACCAGGAUCAAGCAAAUAUUCUGCUUCUCCAGCAGCCGGCUCACUGAAAAGGAAGAUGUGGUUGUUGUUGACCGAUUAGUUUUUCAGAGUUAGGAAAGCCCUUCUUGUUGUACAGCUACUGGUCCUGUGGUGGAGACUGCCCAUGAAUUCAUAUGGAAUGUUUGGUGCUUCUAAGUUGUGAGACCCACAAGAGAGUCCCAUCAAGACAUCAUGCUGCAUUUUCUUCCUGUGGUACCCUCCCACGAUGGAAUAUCACAGGGAGUUACAAUAGAGGGUCGUCCUCUGUGUGUCUUGAGGAUGCCUUGCUAAGGCACUGGAGGCUGUGCAGAUCUUCACACGGCCUCUUUCCCUGAUUUGAAUAUGUUGUCUUGUCCCUGUGUGUCAUACAUGGACCUGCUCUGUGAUGAUGUCUCUCUGGGUUUUGAAUUGCAAUUCUUCUGAAGAUCACAUCUGUCUUGUUCUUUAAGACCCCUCAGACACUGAUUGUGCCUUCCAAACCGCCUUCCAGAAAUCCCCCUGCCAACUACAUACACUGGUGUGAGAUCACUUCUUCACCUAAAGAAUUUUCUGCAGUCACUUACCUAAAAUGGAUCCCUGCCCACAUUCUCCUAGGUUCCCUGCCUACUCUGACUCUGCUGCCCUUAUAUAUGGAGCACACCUUUAACCAUGACAGUGACCCUCAUGUGAGGUCACAGAGACCAGGCCUCACUCUUUGGGAAAUCUCAAAGGCUGUCCAGGCACAUGGGUUAUAUAUUUUAGGUUAGUACUCAUGGGAAGUAUCUGAAGGCAUCUUUUAUGACCAUUUUAUGGGAAGAAGCUCAAUUCAAGGCCUCCUCUUUCUCUAGGGAACUUUACCCCCAGGAAGAGCAAGUCCAGUGGGGAUGAGGUAUGCAUACUCAGUCCCAAUGUGCAAAGUGUAAUUCUUGGUUUAUCAUUUCAGAGAAAAGAAGAGUAGGUAGGCAUCAGUAUUUUCUUAAACAAACAACAUGCCCCGCCCCCCCCCAAAAAAAACCACACAACAAAAUGGAGAGAUGGAGAGAGGUGGGGCUCUGUGAGUUUAGUGCUCACCAGUCUAUAUAGUGAGCUCCAGGCUGUGAGACCCUGACCUUUUUUUUUGUGGGGGGGAGGCUAUGUUUCCAGAAGUGUUGAUUGGCUUUUGUUUUAUGGUUGGUUUUUGUGUUUUGAGAUGGGAUUUCACUCUGUGAUGCAGGCUGCCCUUGAAUUUGGGGCUUUGGGGAUAGUGUUGCCCAAAGUCUGGUUCCUGACUUGUGUUAUUCUUUUGUUUUUUAUUUUUGCGCCAGGGUCUCUGGCUGGCCUAGAACUUGCUUUUUUGAUCUUUUAAGGCUCCACAAAGGUAGAAGAAAUGUUUGUUAGGCUCUCACUUUUCUUUUCUAAACGACUCCAUGAAGAAAGCCAGAGCCUUUUUUUUUUGACCCUGUCUUGGGCAUGUCAGAGCCGGGAGCUCCCACUGACUCCCCUGGUGUAAGCAAAGCUUGGAGCUGUGCCUCUCAGUCACUGCCUUUGUGGCUGGUUUAGCCAGGCCUGAGGUCCUGAGUGAGGCUUCAGCACCGGGCCAGGGAGUUUACCUUAGCCUUGGCCUGUGCUACACAUUACAGCUGCUCUGUUUUCUGAGACUCCUUCCCUGGGCUCCCAGCUGCUGACACUUCCACCUUUGGGGAUCUGGUGGCAUCUGCCUUGCAGUCAUCAAACACUUUCCACAUUCUGUGUUUUCUCUUCCACCUCAGUAACUACUACUUCAGAUGCCUCUUUCCUGAAAAUGUGGAGGAUUCUGGCUUUUUCUAUCACCUCCUCAUGUUUAUGUCAUCGUCAAGCCCAAGGCUGAGCUACAGGUUUGGCCUGCGGCUCAAAGGAUGAUCAAGUUGUGUUAUUGCUUAUUGGUAGUGACAUUUGAAAAGGUAGGUGAUGAGGCGAUGGGCCUCCCUGGCCUGUGUCUGAUCCCCGGCCUGGAGGCAGUGGAGCAGAGAGCCGGGUCACUUGCUCCUCCCUGUUAUCUUACAGCCCUGCUGUUCCAUGGAUUGUUUGACUCUGGAGCGAAGUAUCCAAGGGACUGACAGGGGACAGGUGUUUCCCAUGCCCAUCUUGGAGCUGAGAGGGACCAACAGUGUGGGGGUACUCCUAUCUGUGCCUGUACCAUGGCCCUGUCCUCUGCUUCUUGCUUUUUUAAAAGACAAAAGGGCACCCUGGGGAACUGUGGGAAUCCCUGGUUCGAGGAGGUGCCACCACCCUGGCUGUCCUGUGGUGACAAAUUUCCCUCAGGUGGGCAGUAUCAUGGUUCUAGAAGUUCCCGGAAUAGCUCAAGAGUGUUGGCACAUUUGGAUUACCUGGGGGAGCUUUCUAACCAGCACCCCCUCCUUGGUGCCCAAUCCCUCCCCUCAGGAGAUGUGGUAAGAGUGAGGCUUCUGUUCAAGUGGGACCUCUCCAGGUUCCAUGGAACCAUGCUUGGGACUCUCUAGCUGUAUGUGGUCAGCUUUCUCUGUUCAGGGGCGUGCUGGACACCUGAGAAAGUUGUUUUCAGUGUUGCCAAAUGGCAGGUAAAAAGUGGUUCCUGGUUGCCUGUUUCUACUGAAAAACAUAUAGGCAGAGUGAAAAUUCCAUUUGGUCAGGGGUUAAAGACAAGCGAGCAGCCCCUCCAUCUCAUCAGGUGACCCCAGGCCUCCUGUU